GCUAGCUGAUGUCGAAGUUGGUUUACCAACUGAAGUCACAAGCAAGUUACCAACUGAACCAUGAGUUAGGCUUUACCAACUGAAGUCACAAUUCACUGAUGCAGGCAGCAACUAGCAGAUGACAGAAAUUACGAUUACACAUAACACAAAAAUCAGCUAAUCAAGAAAGCAAACAGGAAUAGCCUAGAUUACACAUAGCACAAAAAUCAGCUAAUCAACAAGUGUGUAGUGGAACAUGCUGUCUACAGAAAAGGGGCUGGAAAUUCUCUCCUGGUGGUGGUCUAUGUGGAUGAUCUAAUAAUAUGCAGGGCGCGCUGCCAUGUAUACAGCCUGAACCUAUAAUAUGCCCAUCCCAACUCGCAGCUUAAAGUACACUGCAGAUCUAUCAAGUAUCCCAGAAAGCAAUGGCAGGAACAAACAAAGGAAAAAGGGUUAAUCAUGUCUGUGCCAUUAUAAUUUUCCAUGUUUUGAUAUGUGCCACUGAACUUUUUAAGCUUACAAAUGUGCCAUUAAACUUCCAGUCAAAUAUGAAAUAGACCAUUUUAUACGGUUUUGUCUGAAUCAGACCAUCCACCAGUGAUGUAUUUUCGUAUUUCUUUGUACCCUUACUUGAACGAACACUGAUUUUGUGAUGAACGCAUCAUGACUUGUAUUCUCCUGGCUGCUGGAGCUGCACUUCCUACCAGAGCUGCGCUUGCUCUUGAAGUGCUAAAUGAAGAACCCGCUGAAGAAAUCGAUGGCCCAUGAAUGAAAAGGCUGAAGAAACAACUCAACAGAGCACCAUGCUAGCAUCUAAGGAGACAACGCCAAGAUAUCACAAGGGAGCCACCUGUAGAUAUUCAAUCACAGAACCAGGAACCAGUAGAUAAAAAAGAAGCUACUGUAGAAGAAAGAUAGGUUGCUGAAAGCUGAAACAGUUGUUACUGAAGCACCAGUGCAACAAAGCACCAGAUCAACAUAAUCUAGGUGUUGCAAAUAACACAGUGCGAGAAGACACCGAAAGCUCCUGCGGGUGGCACAGCUCCGACAGGAGGCACAACUCCGGUGGUGGCUACUAGGGUUAAAGGAGGCGCAGGUAUGGAGAGACGAAUGGGUAUACAUAAAUUGUGUUGCAUUUGUCUAAUAAAAACAGGCAUUCGUCAAAGCAAGGGUAAAUACAAAAAUAUGUUCACUGAUGCAAGGUCUGAUUUAGACAACCGUAUAAAAUGGUCUAUUUCAGAUUUGAUUAGAAGUUUAGUGGCAUCAAAACUAUAUACAAUAGCCAUGAUUAAGGUGCAUGCAUUCUGAGUGUGAUUUAUGCAAAAAGGCCAUGCAUGCUACCUUCAAAUGCCAGACAUAUGGAGGACGAAUUUGUAAAACUCACCCCAAUUUUAGUCUACGAACGAACACUCGUCGUUUUUUACUUUCUACUGUAGAUCGAGCGAGAAAGCAGCACGCAUAGGCAUCUCAUUUCAGUUGAUGGCGUUGCCAUGUCAGUUGAACGAUGGCCAAAAAGUCUUGGAAAUCAGCUACCCUUUUCUUCAGAAAUCAAAUUAUAUUUUUUUCCAUACAUUAGCUAUAUACUAACCGUAGCAAUAUAAUAUAGGAGUAUAAAAACAACUAAGAGAACAGAACAGGUAUUCUUUUUAAUACUAGAAGUAUAUGAGAAUACAAGGCAUAGCACUGCCACUAUUUCCAUAUAGUUAGAAACACGAGCAUUCUAAAUUCUAAUAUUCAGACCGCAUCCACAAUAGACCAACACUUUUUUUCCUUUGAGAACUAACUAACGGAAUGCAACAAGUAUAUGUGUGCCCAGAUUUCACCUCACCACUGAACUCCUCUGAUCGAUUCAGAUGGCCACUAAACUCCACAUCUCCUAUGUUAUGGUUGCCCUUUCUGCUUUAGCUUGGAUGUUUUGCAACUAAGGCCAGGGCAAGUCUAAUCUGAAGUUGUGUCGCUAGGGUGGGUUGUACUUAUUAGAUGUUGGGUAAGAAACCUGGCCCAGGCUAUUAUUUGAAAAUUGUUUGCAGCAGUAAUCAUGAGCUUAACACCUGCAAUCCUGUAUGUGGCUUUACCAUUGGAACGUUGAGCAAGCAACUAAUGCACUUGAACCAUAUCAUACACAGUUGCUGUCAUCAUGUCCAGCUAUGGAUACAGCCAUUUUGCCAUCAGAAGAAGCAACCUUAACCAACUGUGCCGCAAGCUGAAGAAGAAAAAAAAGGCCCCCUUCUUUCACAAUUCCAUAUGGAAAGUUGGAAUGUUGGAUGCCAGGACAAGAGAGUGAGGGAGGGAGAGCCUCUGCACAAAGCAUCAUCAUUUCACAUUUGCGCUGGAGGUGGGGACACAGCUCGCACUCGCAGCAUCCAGCAGGAUAGACAACCUCAGCCUUCUGGAUCCUCGACGGUCGACUGACCAUAGCUCUCAUUGCUUGGUCAAGAUUCAAAAGGAGACAUAUUUGUCAAGAUGGCGAUAAUGAUUGUAGGAUCCCGAGUGAAAACCAUCGUAGUGAGAAUCCGAAUUUCGUAAGAUCUGUCCUAGGUUGGAAGGAUUGGUGAAGACUAGUGAACAGAAUACAUGGAUCCCCAGUCUCUAGCAAGCAGUCAAUUUUUUUUUGGUGUUGUGUGAGAGAGAGAGAGCGUCAGUGUGAACCCUGGAAUGAUCCAAAUCAUGGAACAGAAGUGGAAGAAAGGCCAUGGAUUUGAUUUAGUGAUUUACGUACGUACCUUGGAGGUUGUGUAGCUAUUUACCGACCAAUGCAGCUGAAUCCCCGGCAGACUGCGAGCCAGGCGGCGAAGAGGAUUGUGAGGAGGAGGAGAUCCGCAAGGAUGACCAUCCAGAGCUGCCGCCUCCACGUCCAGCUGGGUCCGGCCCGCCCCCGGUGCGAGCCUCGAUCCCUCUUGGGCGUGGUCCGCGCGGCUAGGUCAGCGUCCCUCCGUGCGGCCUCCUCCUCCGCGUGGGCCUCCGCGGCGGCGACCUCGUUCGCCUCGCGCGCGUCGUCGCCCGGCGGGAGUGGCAAGCGCAGCGCUAGGCGCGGCAUCUCGUCCCGCAUCCGGGCCUGCGGGGCGGCGAGCCGGGACGGGAUUUGGCGGGCUGGCGGCGGCGACCGACCUUGGGCGGUGUAGCGUUCGGCGGG